GUAGAUUUUUUAAUGGAGAAAUUUUGUAUUCAAAAACCAAUCUUGCUAUCGUUUCUUCUUGUUUUGCUUCUCUUCUUCAUCUCCGGCUCUUUUGCUUCAACUCAAAACGACGAGGUUGAUGGACGUUUCAGGUCGGGGCAUGAACAGGUUCCAGUCCGGGUCGGGUUGGUUUUGGAUUUGGGUUCCGUCGAAGGCAAGAUAGUGAAAAGCUCUGUUUCCUUGGCGCUUUCCGAUUUCUACGCUAUUCACAAUGGUUACAAAACAAGAAUCUCUCUUUCAUUCAGAAACUCUCAUGGAGAGCCUCUUCUUGCUCUUGCUUCUGCUGUAGAUCUGCUGCAAAACGAAGGAGUAGAAGGGAUUAUUGGCGGGAACUCGUUGCUAGAAGCUAAGCUUUUAGGGGAACUUGGAGAGAAAGCUAGGGUUCCUGUGGUUUCACUUAACUCUCCGGUUUCAUUGUCAUUGAGCAAAUACAGUCACUUGAUCCAAGCCACACAUGAUUCUGCCUCUGAGGCAAAGGGGAUUACAUCUUUUAUUAAUGGGUUUCAUUGGAACAGUGUUGCUCUUGUUUAUGAAGAUCACGAUGAUUGGAGAGAGAGUAUGCAACUUAUGGUGGAGCAUUUUCAUGAGAACAACGUUCGUGUACAGUCCAAGGUUGGUUUUACUGUCUCUUCAAGUGAGGGUUUUGUGAUCGAUCGGUUACAGAAGCUGAAGGACUUGGGAACUACUGUCUUUGUUGUUCAUUUGUCUGAAGUUAUAGCAACUCAUCUCUUCCCAUGUGCUGCGAGACUAGGGUUGAUGGGUGAUGGGUUUGCUUGGAUACUCACUGCAAAAAGCAUGAACAGUUUCCAUGAGUCCAUUGAUGAUUUUGUAAAGGAGGCAAUGGAAGGUGUGGUUGGUUUCAAAUCUUACAUCCCAAUGACAAAAGAGCUUCAAAAUUUCACUACGAGAUUGAAAAACUCACUACCUGUUGAAGAAGCGGACAUUACUCGGUUGAGUAUCUCAGGCGUAUGGGCUCACGAUAUAGCUUGGGCUCUGGCGAGUGCAGCGGAAGUAACAAAGAUGUCAAAUGUGUCAUUAACUCUCCUUGAGGCAAUCACAAAGACUAGGUUUAAGGGUUUGAGGGGUGACUUUCAAUUGAAUGAUAAGAAGUUGUUGUCACAAAAGUUUGAGAUUGUGAAUAUGAUAGGAUCAGGUGAGAGAAGGGUAGGAUUCUGGAAUUCUAACGGUAGUUUUAGCAAUAGAAGACAUUUAUCUUCUACUCAUAACAAGCUAGAGACAAUAAUUUGGCCUGGUGGGUCUGCUCAAACUCCGAACGGGAAUAGUCUAAGAGAUAGCGAUCGUAAAAAGCUGAGGGUGUUGGUUACAUCUAGCAAUAGAUUCCCAAGACUGAUGAAAGUGGAGACUGAUCCAGUAACCAAUGAUUUAAUUGUUGAAGGUUUUUGUAUAGAAGUCUUUAGAGCUUCGAUUAGUCCUUUCAACUAUGAAAUAGAGUACAUACCUUGGCUUAAUGGAAGUAACUACGACAAUCUUGCCUAUGCACUUCAUAGCCAGAAAGACAAAUAUGAUGCGGCAGUGGGAGAUAUUACAAUCACUUCGAACAGAUCGAUGUAUGUUGAUUUGACGUUGCCAUUCACAGAAAUGGGUCUUGGUAUUGUAGCACCAAAGGAGAGGAGUAUGUGGGUGUUCUUCCAACCUUUAACACCAGAUCUUUGGAUAACAAGUGCAGCUUUCUUUGUCUUGACCGGCAUUAUAGUUUGGUUGAUAGAAAGAUCUGAGAACAAGGAGUUCCAAGGAUCUUGGUCAAAACAGAUUGGAGUUGCUCUUUGGUUUGGCUUCUCCACUCUUGUGUAUGCUCACAGGGAGAGGCUAAAACACAACUUAUCAAGAUUUGUAGUUACAGUUUGGGUAUUUGCAGUACUCAUUUUGACUGCAAGUUACACUGCAACAUUGACAUCAAUGAUGACAGUGCAACAGAUACGAUUUAACUCUAAUGAAGACUAUGUGGGUCACCUCUCAGGCUCUCUCAUAGCAAAUGUGGCACUAACCAGUUCCAGCCUCCGAGCAAUGAGAUCCCUUGGUCUCAAUAGUGCUGCAGAUUAUGCUCAAGCAUUAUUAAACAGAACUGUCUCGUUUGUUGUUGAUGAGUUGCCAUACCUUCAAGUUCUCCUUGGCGAGAAUCCGACACAUUUUCUCAUGGUCAAGACACAAUCUACCACCAACGGUUUCGGCUUUAUGUUUCAAAAGGGCUUUGAGUUGGUGCCUAAUGUGUCCCGAGAAAUAAUAAAGCUAAGGACGAGCAAGAAGCUUAACGAGAUGGAGAAAACAUGGUUUGAUAAUCAACUUCCAUACACAAGCGAUGAUACAUCAAAUCCUAUAACCCUUUACCGAUUCCGCGGUUUGUUUAUGAUCACCGGAGUUUCAUUCGCUUUCGCUCUUGCUGCACUUGUCGUUCUUUGGUUCCGUGACAAAAGGGAAGUUCUUGUGAAUUCGGUUAAACUAUUCCUCUCGCGACAAAUUAUCAAUUUCAGGAUACACUUCACAAGAACUAUCCAUCCUAGUCCUCUGGAUGACCGCAUUGGCGAAAAUGCAGUUCAAAUGGCUCAACGUAACAUACAAUAAUAGGAACUGAUGAUUUAGGAUAGAGCACAAGAAAUGUUCCAUUACCAUUCCUUACUUGUAAAUUCCUAACGUUCGAUAAACAAAAAAUAAAAAUAAAAAAAAAGGUACAA